AUGGCGCCCAACCAGCGCGGGCGCUCCCUCGCGAAAGAGGCGUUCGCGCCCAUGUUCCGCAAGCUCAAGACCUCGACCUACACAGACAACGUCCGCCCCGGCGUCGCGCCGUCGCACUACAUCCGCACGCUCUCGUGGAAUGCGACGGGCGGGUUCAUCGCGACGGGCGCGGCGGACCGGACGCUGCGGAUCUGGAACCCGGAGAGGCCCAAUGUCAAAAACUCCACCGAGCUCCGCCUGCCCCUCCCCACCACCAAGCCCGCCCCCAACACCCCGCCCACCGCCCUCGAGCGCGUCGCCUUCCACCCGCUCAACGAGCACGAGCUCGCCUCCUCGUCGACCGACGGCCUCGUGCGCCUCUGGGACGUCCGCAGCCGCGCUCUCACCUCGACCGUCCGCGUCGGCGCCCCGCUCGCGAAAGGCGAGCGCGACGAAUCGCCCUUCACGCUCGCCUGGACCCCGGACGGCACGUCGCUCCUCGCCGGCCGCAAGGACAACCUGCUGUGCGUGAUUGAUCGAGCGACGGGCACCGUGCGGCAGACGCACCAGGAGCCCCUGCAGACGAACCAGUGCGUCUUCGACUGGGAGGGCGCGUGCGUGUACACGACGACGGGCGACGGCAGCGUCAAGAUCCUGCGCUAUCCGUCCUUCGAGCCUGCGCUCGCGCUCAAUGCGCACACGGCGAGCUGCAUGGCGGUUGCCUACUCUCCGAGUGGCGAGUACGUGGCUGCAGGCGGCGGCGACGCCUUGGUGUCUCUCUGGGACACCUCCGAGUGGAUCUGCGUGCGCACGCUGGACCUCACGGGCUCGGCGGUCAAGAGCAUUGAUUUCAGCUUCGACGGAAGCUACAUUGCGGCUGGCGGGGAGGGCGCCGAGGAGAAGCGCCUGAAUAUCGCCCAUGUCGAGAGCGGGGAGACGGUCGUGAGCGUCGAAAUCCCCACCCCCGCACUACAGGUCGCGUGGCAUCCGAGUCGCUACGUGCUGGCGUAUUCGGCAGAUGCGCACGGGUUGAAGAUUGUUGGAGGCAUGAGCUAG